GCUCCCUCCCUCGUCAGUCGUCCCUUUUGUGCCCCUUUUGAGUAAGCUCAACGACACGGGGGAAGCACGGCGGCAGCGCCCGUGUUGGCCGUUGCUCGACGAGUCAAAUUCUUCUUCCUCUUCUGUUCUAAAAUGCAUUCUUUUGCUUAAAUUGAAACUCACGAUACAAACAAAAUCUGCAAUAGAAGAAAAGAAUGGCGGCAACGACGACGUCGACUUCGCCGCCAUCAAAAGCCGGCGUUGCAGUUCCGAAAUCAGGCGCAGUUUCCAAAGGCUAUAACUUUGCUUCUACUUGGGAACACAAUGCUCCAUUGACAGAGCAUCAACAGGCAGCAAUUCAAGCACUUUCUCAUGCAGUUGCUGAGCGACCAUUUCCACCCAAUUUAUCCCAAGAGCAUGUCACAGGAGAGGACAAUGGUCUGUCUAUUUCAAUGGAGCAUAAUACAUUUGAAGAUUCAGGCACCAUUGAGACUGUUCUGGUCAAUACCAACCAGUUUUACAAGUGGUUUACGGGUCUUGAAGCAGCUAUGAAAUCAGAGACAGAAGAAAAAUACCAGCAUUACGUGAACACCUUAACAGAGCGGAUACAGACAUGUGAUGGCAUUCUUCAUCAGGUGGAUGAGACCCUUGAAUUAUUCAACGAUUUGCAGUUCCAGCAUCAUGCAGUCGCAACAAAGACUAAAACUCUUCAUGAUGCAUGUGAUAGACUGCUUAUGGAGAAGCAGAGAUUGAUUGAGUUUGCAGAGUCACUGCAUAGUAAGCUCAAUUACUUCGAUGAAUUGGAGAAUGUUGCUACCAGUUUUUAUUCUCCAAGCAUGAAUGUAGCAAAUGAGAACUUUCUUCCAUUGCUAAAGAGACUCGAUGAAUGCAUAUCGUAUGUUGAAAGUAAUCCACAGUAUGCAGAGUGCAAUGUUUACUUGGUCAAAUUUCGGCAACUACAGUCUCGAGCGCUGUCAAUGAUUCGUUCUCACAUUCUCUCUCUUCUUAAAAAUGCUUCUUCUCAGGUACAAGCAGCUAUUCGAAACAGUGCUGGUGGAAAAGCAGCUGUAUCUGAAGCUGUUGAGGCUUCUGUCAUCUAUGUACGCUUCAAGGCUGCCGCAAAUGAGCUUAAGCCAGUACUGGAGGAAAUCGAAACCAGAAGACCUAGGAAAGAAUACAUUCAAAUACUUGCAGAAUGCCACAAGCUAUAUUGUGAACAACGUCUUUCUUUGGUGAAAGGCAUAGUGCAGCAACGGGUCUCGGAAUUUUCUAAGAAAGAGGAAUUGCCAUCAUUGACUAGAUCAGGAUGUGCAUACCUAAUGCAGGUGUGUCAGCUUGAGCAUCAACUUUUUAGUCACUUUUUCCCGUCAUCUUCAGAGGACACUUCGAGCUUGGCUCCGUUGACUGAUCCACUAUGUACAUUCUUGUAUGAUACAUUACGGCCAAAACUUAUUCAUGAAACAAAUCUUGAUGUUCUCUGUGAACUGGUUGAUAUUCUCAAAGUCGAGGUUCUGGGAGAACAUUUAAGCAGGCGAGGUGAAUCAUUAGCAGGAUUGCGUCCAACUUUGGAUAGAAUCUUAGCAGAUGUUCAUGAACGAUUGACAUUCCGUGCUCGAACACAUAUUCGGGAUGAGAUUGCAAAUUAUCUUCCAUUAGAUGAAGAUUUGGACUAUCCCUCAAAGCUGGAGCAGUUGGCACAAGUGGAUACAGAAACUGUGUCCAGUGAUCAAAAUUCCGAUGCUUCUAGAAUUUGGUACCCUCCGUUGGAGAAAACUAUAUCAUGUCUGUCAAAGCUUUAUCAUUCUUUAGAACCAGCAGUUUUCACUGGCUUAGCUCAGGAAGCAGUGGAAUUUUGCUCUGUAUCUAUCCAAAAAGCUAGUAAACUGAUUGCUAAAAGGUCAUCCUCGAUGGAUGGACAGCUUUUCCUGAUAAAGCAUCUUCUUAUCUUAAGGGAGCAGAUUGCACCCUUUGAUAUAGAAUUUUCAGUAACGCACAAGGAACUUGAUUUCUCACAUUUGCUGGAGCAUUUGAGACGGAUUCUCAGGGGUCAGGCUUCUCUGUUUGAUUGGUCAAGAUCGACUUCCUUGGCUAGGACACUAUCUCCACGGAUAUUGGAAAGUCAAAUUGAUGCCAAGAAGGAAUUGGAGAAAAGCCUCAAAGUCACAUGCGAGGAGUUCAUUAUGUCAGUGACCAAGCUUGUUGUGGAUCCCAUGCUUUCUUUUGUUACAAAGGUGACAGCUGUUAAAGUUGCAUUGUCGUCUGGGGCACAAAUCCAAAAGAUAGAGUCGUCUAUUGCAAAACCUCUCAAGGAUCAUGCUUUUGCCACUCCUGAAAAGGUUGCUGAGCUUAUUGAGAAGGUUAAUGCUGCAGUUGAGAAAGAGUUGCCAAAAAUAAUGUCAAAGAUGAAACUGUACCUGCAGAAUCCAUCAACACGUGCAAUACUUUUCAGACCAAUAAAGACAAAUAUUGUCGAAGCACAUGUUCAAGUUCAAUCGCUCCUGAAAUCAGAAUACUCAAGUGAAGAUAUGGAGAACAUUAUUAAUAUGGUUUCCAUACCGGAACUGCAAAGACAACUUGACAACCUCCUGUAGCACGCUCCUGAAUCCUGUGGAUGUCUCCAGUUUUUGUUCGGCAAUUAUAUAUAUUUAUCAUAAAUGGAACUUAAUUUCAAUUCAUACCAGGCUAGUGAUUAUCCUUUUUUUCAUACCUUUAUUCCUUAAGAUGAUCUUUUACUUGUAUAAUAUACUUUCAGGGUUCUGGUCUGUAGUUUUGUAGUAGAGGUCUUCUCCAAUGGCUUAAAACCUUCCGUAAAUAUUACUGCAAUAGCAAAAGGGGUCGCAAAGAAGUAUUUGAAGUAUAGAGAGGUGUUUUUGACUUGCUGUUUUUAUGUACUUCUGACUUUACCAGUGAACUGAGCUUAGUGCACUUUUUUUUUC